UGAAAAUACACGAAAGAAACACGCACCACCUUCUGUCUAAUUCGGUAGGAUUCGUCUCCUACCCGACGCCUGUGCGGCAAAUCUAUGCCGCCGGCGGAGGGGAAUGGACCUCUAGCCGCCCCAAUGAAGCUCUCGUUUGCAGUGGCGCGGCCGGCGGUAAGGGACUGCUAUCCCGGCUAACGACUGCACUCCCAAAAGUGCUCUUUCUCCAAUAUCGGGUUCCUGCGAUUUCCGAUCAAAUCUGACACUUGCAAUGGAGUUCCAGCUGUCUCCUUCUCUGAGGACGAUAUCCUGGUUUACUCCUCUCUUUUCCGUUACACUCUUGUAAGCACUUUUCCUAAAGACCGACCACCAAUCUCUUCGAUCCACAAGGCCUUUGCGGCAUUAGGGUUUUCAAAGAAGGAGGACGAUAUUAGGGUUCCAGCUGUCUCCUUCUCCGAGGACGAUAUUUUCCGAUCAACAUCCGCCUACUCUGAACUCACAUUAUUUUGAUAAAUUUCAAAUCAGAUAUUGAUUUUCAAAGAUUUUGGGUUAAAUCGAUUUGGGAUUUCUUUGAAUUUAAGAUGCGAGUCACCAGAUGGACUUCGUCCUUCUCUGGUGACUGCGGCUCCCCUUUUGUUCCUGUCUGCUUUACCCCGAACGGACUUCCGAUUCACCUUCACGAUCUGCGGGCUCUUUUCUCUAUUGCAAGCUUGCUUGGGAGACCAAUUAAAAUUGAUGAACCUUCUCCGAUCGACUGUUGGAAUUUGUAUUGAAAUAAACAUUUCGAAACUUCUCCGAUCUAAAAUCUGGAUUAACAAUGGCGAUCACGACUUUUAUCAAUUUGUUCUUUAUGAAAAUUUGCCUAUGUUUUGCUGCAAUUGUUCUCGAUUUGGCCAAAACAAAUGCCCUCCCGUAGUCCCUGUUAUUGUUUCUACUGGUGAGACCAUUAUUGCUCAUACAAAGGUAGUUCUUGUUGAUACCUCUGCCUCGGGUGAUAUUGCCCUGUUGAAUUACGUUAAGUGGUGUGUGAUUUGAACUACACCGUCCCUAUUGAACCCGUUAAAAAUGAUGCAACAGUUAUUUCAUGUUCUGAUUUUCCUACCUCGAUUGAUAUUGUGCAUGUUGAUGCCCCAGAUGUUUCUGUUCUUAUUGAGGUUGGGUGUGCUUCUGAUUCUGCCUUUGAUGCCCAGGUUGAUUUGUAUAACACUAGUAUCGUUAUCCGUGCCGUGCACGGGAUAACAUGUUUUUUAUUUUUAAUUCUCAAUAUAUAUAUAUAUAUAUAAUGUGUGCGCGGGGAUGUUGAAAUAUGUAUGAGUUAUUAUAACUAAUGAAAAUUCGAGUAUAUUAUUGA